AUCAUCAGGAGAUCACCAAGCAAACAGACAUCACAUAGAAGAUCAACACAAAGCAACAGAGCAGUGUUGCUUUCAGAGAUAGAUAGCUCCAGAUAAUUAACUCGGUCAUCAAGUCUCAAGGGCCUAGUUACAGAGUUAUCCGAUCAUGACGACAGACAUGGCCCCAGCUCGAGCGUUCGUGUUGGUGCUGCUCGCAGUCGCCAGUGCAUCGACGGCCGCGGCCAACACAGCGACGACGACGCCCACAAACCCGGUGGCUGCGCCGACCCAGUGGCAGAAGGCGCACGCGACGUUCUACGGCGGCGCGGACGCGUCGGGCACCAUGGGCGGGGCGUGCGGAUACGGCAACCUGUACUCGCAGGGGUACGGCACGCGGAACGCGGCGCUGAGCACGGCGCUGUUCAACGACGGCGCGUCGUGCGGGCAGUGCUACAAGAUCGCCUGCGACCGCAAGAGGGCGCCGCAGUGGUGCAAGCCCGGCGUCACCGUUACCAUCACCGCCACCAAUUUCUGCCCGCCCAACUGGAACCUUCCCAGUGAUAAUGGUGGCUGGUGCAACCCACCACGGCCGCACUUUGACAUGGCACAGCCGGCCUGGGAGAAGAUCGGCGUCUACAGCGCAGGCAUCAUACCGGUCAUCUAUCAAAGGGUUCCUUGCGUGAAGAAGGGUGGCCUGCGGUUCACCAUUAACGGUCACGACUACUUCCAGCUAGUACUGGUGACCAACGUCGCGGCGGCAGGGUCAAUCAAGUCCAUGGAGGUUAUGGGUUCCAACACAGCGGAUUGGAUGCCGAUGGCACGUAACUGGGGCGCCCAAUGGCACUCACUGGCCUACCUCACCGGUCAAGGUCUAUCCUUUAGGGUCACCAACACAGAUGACCAAACGCUCGUCUUCACCAACGUCGUGCCACCAGGAUGGAAGUUUGGCCAGACAUUUGCAAGCAAGCUGCAGUUCAAGUGAGAGGAGAAGCCUGAAUUGAUACCGGAGCGUUUCUUUUGGGAGUAACAUCUCUGGUUGCCUAGCAAACAUAUGAUUGUAUAUAAGUUUCGUUGUGCGUUUAUUCUUUCGGUGUGUAAAAUAACAUACAUGCUUUCCUGAUAUUUUCUUGUAUAUAUGUACACACACACGACAAAUCCUUCCAUUUCUAUUAUUAUUGAACAAUUUAAUUGCGAGGGCGAGUACUUG